AUGAAAUGCGAGGAACAAAGCUUCAAGGUUGAAUUCCGCAGUUUUUCGACCAACAUUGUCUGUAGUGAUGAAGAUCCUGAUGAGACCGUUGACUACGAGAUUCGGGCUACUGGUUACAGCAACAAAGACUUUAUGCUGCAUCCUGGUAACCUGUACUUCCUGCGAGGGACUUUUUUCCCUACCAAUACUCGCGAUACGUACAACGAUGAGUUGUUCUUCGAGGGUUUCGACCGAGCAUUGCUUGGUAGCGCAGAGUCCUUUUCCGACAGCUUGGCUAAUAAAGUCGGGAUAACUGGGAUUGGUCGUGUGCUUGAUGUCGACUUUUACGUCGAGGAACACAUGCAGUACCUCAAACGCAAUGCUACCGAGACCAAUAAGGUCACUUUGUAUGCCAUUGUUCAGCAUUGUGAUUUUCACCCAGAGGAAGCAACGUCUAUGACGGUCGAAUACCGGGUCCCUCCUUUUAAGCACCUCGCGGGAUCACCCCAAAUUGUGAAAAAGGGGCGUGAGUGUCAAUUCCAUGGCUAUGUUAAAGGUUUCAACGAAGAAACGAACCAUUAUAUUGUGAACAAAGUAGCACCUACCUCUGGCCACCUCGAGGCUGCCGGUCGCAAGAAAGCGGUUAAGGUCGGAAGUCAGGUUUUCAAUGAUCGACCCAAGUCAAUUAAUUCGCGCCCUGUGAACACCCCCUUCAAGACCCCAGUCACAGCUUCCGGCUCCGGCUCCAGCACCCCUUUCACUGCAUCUGACCAAACACCUGCCUCCAUUCCUUCGAUUGGCGAACAACCAGUCCGGCAACCACCAAAAAAGAGGGCGAGGGAACAGCCCAAAAGAAAGGCAACCAAAGUCGCUGGACCCGGAUUGGAGGAGAUCUAG